AUGCCGCCCCAAAUCAAGCAAGACCUGAACCGCUCCGGGUGGGAAACCACCGACUUCCCGUCCGUGUGCGAGCAGUGCCUGCCCGAGAACCCCUACGUCAAGAUGCUCAAGGAGGACUACGGCGCCGAGUGCAAGCUGUGCACGCGGCCCUUCACUGUCUUCAGCUGGUCCGGCGACGGGCGCGCGCACGGGCGCAAGGCCCGCACCAAUAUCUGCCUCACGUGCGCCCGUCUCAAGAACGCCUGCCAGUGCUGCAUCCGCGACCUGAAGUACGGCCUCAACAUCAUCAUGCGCGACGUCGCGCUCAACAUGGCCUCGGCCGGCCCGCAGAGCGAGAUCAACCGGGAGUACUUUGCGCAGAACAACGAGCGCGCGAUCGAGGAGGGCCGGGUGGGCGUGGAGGAGCACGAGAAGGCGGAUGAGAAGGGGCGCGAGCUGUUGAGGCGGCUAGCGCAGAGCAAGCCGUACUUCAGGAAGGGGAGGGAGGUAGAUGAGGAGGGAAAUGUCGUCGCCGGCGGAAGCGGGAGUGCUUCGGGUGGGAAUGUCGCGGUGGGUGCUGGGUUGGGCGGUGCGGGGCCGAUACGGACGAGGGAUUUGAGGGCGGCGGCGGCGGUGGGCGCGAAGGCUGGCCUCAGGAAAAGACCGCUCAUCGCAAAUGCUCCUCCACCAGGGCCGAAAGAUUGGAUACCGCCCAACGACCGGAAUAUCAUGUCGCUCUUUGUUACAGGCAUCGAGGACGACCUGCCCGAGUACAAGAUCCGCGACUUCUUCAAGGUAUUCGGCAAGAUCAAGUCCCUGGUCGUAUCGCACAUGACGCAUUGCGCGUUUGUCAACUUUGAGACACGCGAAGGCGCGGAGAAGGCUGCUGCAGAGUGCAAGGGGCGGGCGGUGAUCGCGGGUUGCCCGCUGCGGAUCCGUUGGAGCGUGCCCAAGGCGAUUGGCACCAUGAACAAGGAAGAGCGUGCCCAGAUGUUACACGACGGUCGAUCAGCUUUCCCCCAAGCGAACCGGCGCGGCACGCAAAAUGCAAUCGGGGGCAGGGCUGCUCAAGGAGGCAACUCAACGGCUGCCCAAGAGGACGACCUCUCUGGGCUUGUUGUGGCUGCGCCGCCCGGGGAAUCCGACGUACAAUACGCAAGCUUGUCUGGCAACUAA